AAGGUCCUCCUGCGCCCCUCCUCCACUCACUCCCAGGCGAAGAUGGCGGACGGCGAAAAUAAACGGGCCGAACCUGCCGACGCCGCCGAGCUGGAUGAGCCGCUUCUGAAGAGACCGAGACUUCUGGAUCCGCCCGGUGAUUCGGAGCACGGCGCUGCUGGCGGAACCGAGCCGGUGGAGGCGGAACCGGCGGUGAUGGAAGAGACCCAGCAGGCCUCACUCAACAACAACAACAACAAGCACACUGAACCUGGACAGACCGCCGAACCAGAACCGGAGCUCUCUGAGUUCAUUGACGAAGGUGUCCAUCCCAAUGGUUUUACAUCACCUGAUCUUCUUCACGAUGAUGAUGACUGCUCUUCUCGUGCCAGCUCCAGUGACUGGACGCCUCAACCACACAUUGGUUCCUAUCGGUUCAUUCAGCAGCACAUCAUGAGAGGAACCGAUCCGAGGGCCAUUUUAAAAGACUUGCUUCCCGAAACGGUCCUUCCACCAGAUCUGGACGACAUGACACUGUGGCAGAUCAUCAUCAACAUCUCAGAACCGCCCAAAAGGAAAAAACGUAAAGACAUCAACACGUUAGAGGACGUUGUCCGACUCCUGAACGAGAGAAAGAAGGUUCUCGUGCUCACCGGCGCUGGGGUGUCUGUUUCUUGCGGGAUUCCUGACUUUCGGUCUAGAGAUGGCAUAUACGCUAGACUCGCUGUGGAUUUUCCUGACCUUCCUGAUCCUCAAGCCAUGUUUGACAUAGACUACUUUAGAAGAGAUCCCAGGCCUUUUUUCAAAUUUGCCAAGGAAAUCUAUCCAGGACAGUUCCAGCCGUCUCCAUGUCACAGGUUCAUAUCAAUGCUGGAUAAGAAGGGAAGGUUACUGAGGAACUAUACUCAGAACAUCGACACACUGGAACAGGCUGCUGGAAUCCAGAAGAUCAUUCAGUGUCAUGGUUCUUUUGCGACUGCUUCCUGUCUUGUCUGUAAACAUAAGGUUGACUGUGAGGCCAUAAGAGAGGAUAUAUUCAACCAGGUUGUUCCUCACUGUCCGAGGUGUCCGUCAGAUAUCCCGUAUGCCAUCAUGAAACCAGACAUCGUCUUCUUCGGAGAGAACCUUCCAGAAUUUUUCCACAGAGCCAUGAAGCAGGAUAAAGAUGAGGUGGACCUUCUCAUUGUGAUCGGCUCCUCGCUGAAAGUGCGGCCAGUGGCUCUUAUACCCAGUUCUAUACCUCAUGACGUGCCUCAAGUCCUGAUAAACCGCGAGCCGUUGCCACACCUGAACUUCGACGUGGAGCUGCUCGGAGACUGUGACGUCAUCGUGAACGAACUUUGCCAUCGUCUGGGUGACGACUUUGAGCAGCUGUGCUACAACUUGUCACGUCUCAGCGAGAUCACAGAGAAACCACCUGCCCCGUUACCUGUGGCACCUGAACAGACGUCUGCUGAGAGCACGUCCACAGACCCCGAUCACGCUCAGGCCGUCACAGACACGUCAGAGGACGUCCGAAUCACUGGUUGUCAAAAUUCACUGUCUCCCAAAAAGGAGGAGGAAAUGGCAUCUUCUCCAGCAGCCAGGCAAACAAGCCCCCACCCAGAGCCAUUACCGGAAACUAAGACUGAAGAGUUGGUCUCAAAGACGGAAGAGUUGAACCCAAAAGUCCAUUCUCCAAAGCCGGCGAGUCCCUGUAGGAAAGCAGCGUGUGAUGCUGCAGAAGCACUGGACGCUACUGAGGACACGCAGUGUGCUAAGGAUGAAGAAACAACCGAUCGUCAAUGUGUUGUUGAAAUGCGGAGACGGUGCUGGAGGAGCCGGAUCUGUCAGAGUCCAAUUAGCAAACGACUCGGAGCCUCGCAGUAUUUAUUUCAAGCACCGAACCGCUACAUUUUCCACGGGGCUGAGGUUUACUCCAGUUCAGAAGACGAGACCUCCAGUUCCUGCGGCAGCGACAGUGACGGCUCUCGCUGCAGCGGGGACGCUUUCGAAAACGAGGACAGUGACGUGGAGGAAGAUGGUGCGCCAGUGACGGAGAAGGAUGCAGACGGCCACCUCGCAGAGACAGUACAAGACAGUGAACACAAACGCCUUCAAACAGACUGCACAGCAGACACAAACCACCGUUAAAACACAAGAACUCACUAGCACCAGCUCUAUUUAAUGUGCUCAAGUCUCUUUUAUAUAUUUUUGUAUUUCCCUCCCUCCUAAACUCCCUGUUAUGUCUUCUAAUGCAUGCAACAUCUCUUUUGUUUGGCUUAUAAACCUUACUUUUGUUUGUCUGUUUGUAUUUUUGCAUUUUUAGAUGUAAAAUAUAUAUGUUUGAUUCCGGUGAAUGUUUCUGCCUGAGAACACAGUGGGAUUGAACUUACCAUAUAAUUGCUUGGGAUAAAAAAAGGGAAUGAUUUUCAAACCAAAGAUCACUUUUUCUGUAUAGUUUGCUUUUUGUCACUGAAUUUACAAGUUUCCUGUUGGAUCUGCUCACUGAUUGUGUCAAACUGUGGCAUUUUCAGACAUUUGCCAGCUGCGGUCAGCCUACUGUUGAAGACUUUUAUACCCAGUAAAGUUUGAUAGUCAUCAAACAGGUGUUUUCCAUUAGUUUUCAGUUUUUAAACGCAUAGAAAUAAAUUAUUUACAUGCUUUCA